AUGUCAUCACAAUCAUCUGAUGCUCUCGAGCUCAAAGAAUCCGAUGCCAGUGUCUCUCAGAUACCGGCAGAGGUUUCAUACAGCAAUGGCGGCUGGGAUGAUGACCCUCAAAACCCAUUGAACUGGUCGAAUGCCUGGAAAAGGACAAUCAUUGCACUGAUUGCCUUCGCCACGUUCAACGACGCUGCAGCAUCAACCAUUUUCACCCCAGGGGUACCGCUCGUUCUCGAAGAAUUCCACACGACAAACCCCACCCUAUCACCGUUUCUCAUAUCGAUCCAUGUCAUUGGCUUCGCAACGGGACCGCUGCUUUUCUCCCCUCUCAGUGAGAUCUACGGGAGAUGCCCUAUCAUUCAUAUUUCAAAUAUCACUUUCUUUUUUUCUUGCAUUCUCUGCGCCCUCAGUGUCAACGUACCUAUGCUAGCUAUAGCUCGCAUCCUUCUGGGAGUGGCUGGUUCCAUACCCAACGCAUUGGCAGGAGGCUUUGUGGCGGACAUGAUCCCUCUUGAAAAGCGGGCGAGCUCGCUCGCCUUGUUGACCGCCGGGACUCUAUCAGGCACGGUGGUCGGCCCGAUUGCAGGCGGUUAUAUGGCACUAACCGUGGGAUGGAGAUGGACCUUCUGGCUCGAAGCCAUUCUGGUUGGCUGCAGCACGAUAGCAUCAUUCCUACUCCUCCGAGAGACCUACGCACCGACGCUCCUCCGAAGAAAAGCCGCAAAACUAGGCACCCAAAAGCCCUUCAAAGAAAGCGAGAGCCAGUGGCAAGUCCUGCGGAGAGGCAUCUCACGACCGAUGAAGCUCUGCCUCUACUCGCCCAUCGUGAUGAUCAUCUCGCUCUACAACUCCAUCGCCUACACAUACAUGUACUACAUGGUCACCACCUUCCCCACGCUGUUCGGCGAAGAAUACGGCUUCAACGCAGGCGAGGUCGGCCUCACCUACAUCGCCCAAGGAGUCGGCUGCCUACUCGGCCAGGUCGUGGUCGGCCGCUUCGCAGACUGGUACAUUGUACGCCAACGAGCCCGACACGGCACCACGACGCCCGAAGACAGACUGCCCCCCGCAAUCGUCGGAUACGCCAUUCUCGCCAUCGGCAUGCUGUGGUUCGGGUGGUCAGCACAGGCCCAUGCCCAUUUCAUGGUCCCGAUUGUCGGCUCCGGUGUGGUGGGCUUGGGCAUCGUGGGUGGGUUUCUCGUCGUUCAGGUGUAUAUUGUGGAUGCCUUUGAGAUCUAUGCUGCUAGUGCUUUGGCGGCCAAUAACCUUAUAAGGGCUAUUUUUGCUGCCCUCCUGCCCAUGUCCGGCCCGGCGAUGUAUGAUCGUCUUGGGUAUGGCUGGGGUGAUACCGUUCUCGGCCUGGUGGCGCUGGCUAUUGCGCCGACUCCGUUGUUGCUGAUGAAGUAUGGGGAGAGGAUUCGGAGGCGGUGGCCCGUAGAGCUAUAG